AUGGCCGGCCCAUCCGCUUCGAACGCCUUUCCUCCUCCUCCUAGUUUCGAGGAGAGCGUCGGGCACACUCUAGUUGAGCUUGGUGGGACGAACGACUCUGAGGCUUUCAGUUUGCUCCCAGGUGGCGAGGAUGCACCACCGGACUUUACCCCCUAUGAGGCAGAAUGUUCUAUCCAUUCCGGCGGAGUCAUCGUCUCGCACGAUCCCCAUUUGAACACUGACGGCGAGGCCUUGUAUCGCUUCCUCAUCUCUCAGGCCGCUGCACCUCCUACAUACGUGGUCCACUGCAAGGGCGAACAUACCGAAUCGCGCACGCGCUACAUCCACGGUCAUGACUCGAACGGUCGCAGCACAACGCGCACAGAGCACUACAACGAGACCGUGGUGGACUUUAACUUCUCCAUCGACGUCGGCCAACACAUCGUCAGCGGCCCCGUGCAUUGGUCUAUCGCUGACAACGAGCCUGCGUACCGCGGUCGCAUGUUUCAGCAAGUGGACAGCCUGUUCGGCGGCCGGACGAAGGCGGCGCGGCGCGAACGGAAAGCGGCCCAGGCCUGGAGGAAAGAACGAGCAGCGAAAGGCCUCCCGCCUUGGGUCGGGCUUGGGGAUGCAGGCGGUCUGGCGGUUACGGACGAGACACAUCAUGUCGGCGUGCUCAAGUCAUCCAAGACUUUGAGGGAAUGGGCAGAUGAUUAUUGCGGUUCGGACAAAUACCUCAAGGAGUUCGUUUACGAAAAGGUGGUCUAUGGCUGGAACGUGGGCGCCCUUGAGGCCGCCACACGGGCCGCCAUACUGUCGACAGGAUACAAGGGCAUAAUAAUGGUCUCCUUCGAUAUGUCGCAUUCGAAGAUCUGCGUACGGUCAGACAACCGACUCAGUCGCGCUCUGUCCAACAAAUGGCUCAAGGUCCUAUUCUUCAUCACCCUCAUCCUGCCCUUCAUCUGGCUCUACAAGCGCUUCCACUCUCGCGGAGGCGGGCGUUGGGAAGUCUGCGGCGGUGCAUACGCGAUGAAACAGUGGCAACAGGCGGACGAGGAAGACGUCGGCCGUUUCGGACAGGACGCUAAGACCAGUGCGCUCGUGCGCGAGGAGGGCGGCACCCGGAAGCUGGUGGGCGUCAGGGAAGGCGAGUGGUUCCGGAACUGGGAGAGCACGAUCCGGACGAGCGUCGGAACGAGGCUGAUUGACACGAUACCGAUGACCAUGCCCAUUGAUGCGAGGGCCAAUCCUGCCGCUGCCGCGUUGGAUGGGUAUCUGUGA